AUGGCGCUUCAGAACCAUGCAUGUGAAGGAGUUGGGUCGUCGUCACGGCAUGCAUCUAGUGACGUGGUUGACGAUGGCGGCUGUUGCUUUGCAAAAAUCAUUUUUUCCAAUAUCGUCUCGUGUGCCACGAGGUCGAAGAAGAAAGGCGAUCCUGGUAAAGAGAACAGAAGAGCAGGAGCUGUUGCUAAUGGACAGAAGACAGGAGCUAGCUGUUCAGAUGUCGUUGGAGCAAAUUUUAAGUCUCCAUCAGAAAUGGGGAUUUGUGAUUCUAUUGACGAAGAGAUGCUUCGAAAGUUGACGACAAUUCCGUCUGGUAUGGACAGAAAUGAAUGGCUUGCGUCACAUGUUUUAUCUUUAUUCGAAAAUGUAAAUGCCUUAUGUGGGGCAUUGUCCGAACUAUGUACUCCUGCCUCUUGCCCUGUUAUGUCAUAUCCCGGUGUACAAAAAGUACCAUGGAUUGAUGAGAAAAGGAAACACCAUGCUUAUUCUGCCAUGCAAUAUAUUGACUGUGUCAUGACAUUUUGCGAGAAAACUUCAAAGGAUGAGCAACUUUUUCCAACGAAAUACGGGAAUAGUUUUUCGGGUAAUUUUGAAUCUCACUGUCGCCAAGUAAUACGUUAUCUGUGGCAUUGUUGUGGUCAUCUUUAUAGCAAACACUGGGAACAGCUGACUAUGCUCAAUCUACGACCACAAUGCGGCCUUGUUCUGGCUCACUUGCAUAUGAUUGCUAAGCUUUAUGGACUUUUGGAUAGCAAAGAUCUCACAAGUCUUUCGCAUACGACACAGCUGGUUAGCAGUUUCUGUAAGAACGGCAUAGCUUCCGUCUCGCAAGGGUAUACUAACAGUAUUUCGCGAACGACUCGCAUACCAUCCUCAAAAAGUGGGAGUUGGGGGGGCCAUCCGACUCCUGCUGUGCUGGCUUGUAAGCCAUAUGCUAAUACCUGUUAA